AUGGAAAAUAGGAGGAAAGACGAAUUGAAUUUGAUCGCGGAGAAAGUCGACUCGUAUUACAUCGAAGAUAAUCUCGCGGACGACGAAGAGGAAAACGCUUCGUUCGCCAGCAAGAAGAGGAUCGAUCGACAAGAUUCGACGGUUGUUACUCUGAGACCCACCACCAUGCGUGGUAUUCCGUUGCUUCGUUUGCUCCAUAGCCAAGUUCCUCGAGGUUUCUACGUGACCAAAAGCGAACUCGAACUGAACAACUCCGAGAAAAUGGAGAACGAUACGUCGUUCACCGUCGACACGACGAUUGCUCUAACGGAAAAUCCGACUACCGUGAUCGUUCAGAGUGAAACAAGUUCUUAUAAAACGACGAACAGCAACGAAAACAUAAGCACGAUUCCUUCGACGAAUUUUCAAACGUUUCCAUCGACUUUAACGGAGAUUGAAACGACUACUAUCGCGCCUUCGAUCCUUUCAACCGAUUCAACGACUCCUGAAUCUUCCUCCGCGUUCUACGUCGAGUCGACUACUAUAAAUUCUACUUCUUUCGAUUAUUCUACCGUGACCGAGGCUCUCUUCUCCACGAAGAUACAACCUGAUUCUUCGACGAACGCGAUCGCAACGGGUUCGUUCGAAACGGUACCGGAAACUGUUGCCGACGUUCAGUUGGAGAACGCUACCGACUCGAUCUCUUUGACGACAACGAUGCUUCCUUUAACCACCGUCACGGAGAGACGAUUUAAUCGUCGCCGGGAAAAAUUCGGCACCGAAUUCGGUCAAAGAUCCUCGACGCGUAGGCGUGUUCAAAGUGAACGAGUUAAACCGACAAUGGAGGAUAAUCUUCCGGUGAAACGAACGGAGGAGACGGUGACUCCUCGACGUCGGGUUACCGUUUACAGAGGACGACAUCGCAGACCCGUUUCAACUGGCCCUCCUCUUCUCGACGAUCAGAAACAUUCGAAAGUAAUCGUAGAACCGAUCGGCGAAGGGAGCGAAGGGAUCGAGGAGACUGCUUUAUCGAGGAAAGAGAAUAAUUCAACGGGGAAGGAUGACGAAGCCGAGGUGAACUCCUCGAAGAAUACGUCUGCUCAUUCACCAGGAAGUUUGUUAGCAACCAGGUUAAGAAGACCCGCUGCAUUCGCUUCGACGUCGCAACAAAGCAAAUCUUCGAACACUUUCACAAAUCACCAAAAGAAUCGUACAACCGACGAAGAUCAUUCUCUCGAUAGCGUAAAAAAUGAUGCUGCGGAUAAAACGACAGAUACACCGAAACUAGAAAAAGAUAUCGAUCAAAGUAGUCGAGCACAAGAGAUCGCCGUGACUUUGGCGGAUCCACCACCUUCUCCAUCAACCACCGGUCGACCAACAUUAAGGAACGCCUUCAGGCGGAAGAUAAGCACUACGAUAGCCCCUAGAAAAGACCCAACAACAACAACGACGACGACGACGACGAGUAGAAGCACCAUCAGAUUUACUCCAGUUGUCAGAGAUCGACAGAAGCCAAGGACAAGGGAUAAACCUGUACAGAAUGCGACUACGAGACCGAGACGACCCCAGGUUAUCGACUACGAUUAUUACGAGGACGAGGAGGAAUCCGUGAUCGGUAGAUCCACCCUAAACGGGAAGCUCUUCCUCACGAGCAAAGGUAGCAUUCGAUGCUUGGAUCAAGGCAACUUUCCGCAUCCUUACUCCUGCCGGAAAUUCAUCACUUGCGCUAGAAUGGUGAACGGUCUGGUAGUCGGGGCCGAGUACACGUGCCCUGAAAAAUUAUCCUUCGAUCCUGUCGGUGGUAUUUGCAAUUGGUCCGCUGGGCUUGGCUGCAAGGAAUAAAAUCCGUUUAAUAAGUCCAGUUCGAGGUAUUGUCAUUUUCGCGGAACCGCGUGUAGCCAUAAUCGACGCGAACGAAGAACGGUGAUAUUAUCGUUAAAAGUUUGUUUUAUGUAAAUAUGAUAGUUAUUGUAUAUAAAUAGUUCUUAGUUUACGUUGUCGCAUGACGUACCGACGAGAUAAUUUAUACGUUAGUACACGUAACGUCGAGAAACGCGUUUUAGUCUCUAUUUCCUUUUUGUUUUUUUUUUGUUUUUUUUUUUUUUAGAAAUAUACAUAAGAUGUACUUUAAUGAGUCUCUCUAAAACUCGAUCGACCGAUAUUUUGCAUUGUAUCUGGAAUAAAAGCAUCAACUUUUAACCACACUGUUAGAAAUUUUUAUUUAAAUAUCCUUUGUUUAUACCGCCCAUUUGAUAUGACGCAUAUAUUAGCCGCUUUUGCUCGGUACUAAAAUUCUCAACAGUUCUAUCGUUUUUCUCCAACGAACUGUUGUCCAUUUUUCCUCGUAACUUAAUUUUACAAUGCUUUUUUUUUCGACUUUUUCCUUUUUUUCUUUAAUCAAAACGAUCGAGGGCAAAGUGAGAGUAGACCUGUAUAAUUAUGUACGAUACGAGACGACGGUAGGGCGAGUGUUACGUUAAAUAGAAUAAAAUGAUAAGAAUUGUAAUUAUAUGUAUAUACGAUUAUCAAUGAGAAUGUAAUACGAGUACAUAGUACGAGCGGAUCAUUCGAAAGAAAAUUCAUUAUUCGAAUGAAAUUUCAUUCGACUGAAUUUACAUCGUACGUGUACGUACUCGUUUGAAUUUAUUACAUUUCGAUAUCGUGGAUAAUUCUUUUCUGAUAACGCGUGUGUACGUGUGUGUGCUUGCUUGUUUGUGUGCGUGUUUUUUUUUUUUACAUUUCAUUGUUUCUGUAAAAAGCCCAAUACGUUUCUUUUUUCUCCUUUUGGUAGUUUUAGUUAAGAUACGAGAAAUCAAAUAAACUCGCAAAACGCAUUAAGAUGGAUAUUGAAAAAGCAUUAUCUUUCAAGCGAGAAACCAAAAAAAAAAAAAAAAAAGGGUUCAGUAUACUUUUACCUUUCUCCC